CUCUCCGUGUCCGUGUAUUUCUCUGCGAUUGAUAACAAACAAAAGGAAACCCACAUGGAAGUUUUACAUCUCUUCCACUUAAACAGAGCAUCACGGAAUCCUACACUGUAAUUGCAUCAGUCCCCAUCUCUUUUUUCUCUGAAUCUCCUUCUAAUGGCUUUACAGAAGGAAUGUAAGUUUGUUGUUGUUCUUCUUCUUCUUCCAUUUUCAAUAAUCUCCCUUAAUUUCUGUGUCUUACCCAUACAAGCCCUCAAUGUCGGCAUUCAAGCAGAUUCCGGGCUCUCAUUGGGUAAAGAAUGCAGCAGAAAGUGUGAAUCUGAGUUCUGCAAUGUUCCUCCAUUUCUGAGAUAUGGAAAGUAUUGUGGAUUACUUUAUAGUGGAUGCCCAGGGGAGAAACCAUGUGAUGGAUUAGAUGCUUGUUGUAUGCAACAUGAUAAUUGCAUUCAAUCUAAGAACAAUGACUAUCUAAGCCAAGAAUGCAGCCAGAAGUUAAUAAACUGCUUAGCUCGGUUCAAGAAAUCGCGGGCUAGCACCUUUAAGGGGAACACUUGUUCGGUUGAAGAAGUGACCAAAGUUAUAACCGUCGUUAUGGAUGCAGCACUUCUUGCUGGUCGAUAUCUCCAUAAGCCUUAAGAUCGAGUAUCUCCUUUGCUGCUGGUCCUUUUGUUGUUGUUGUUGUUUGUUUGUUUUCUUAAGAACUAAAACAUGAAUUUGCUGCAAGAUUUCUCUAUCGAAUUUGUUCUUAGAUCGACAUUGAAACUAUGUAUCAAUAAAGUUGUCGCCCCCUUACAACCU